UUCCUCUGCAUUGCCGUCUUUCCAAUCCAUUUCUUACCCAAGAAAAACUUCCUUGACAUCGCGACACGUUCAAUGUCUCCGUCAUAUCUCUCAAGAAGCAUGAAGAAAAAUAUCAUCAUUUUCCUAUACCUCGCCACCCAAGCAGGUGCAAAAUGCAUACCUAUCCUCACGUGCGGGCACCACUCUGACCCUUGGUGCAGACCUGGCAAAGCCAACACAUGCAAUUGGUAUCCGAAUAUAGACAAGCUGAAUCAACCAUGUCCGUCGAAGCAUUGGAAGUGUUAUGAUGGCGAAUGCUAUGGUAUCUGGGCAAAGCCGCGACAGGAGCCGUCUGCCGACACUUGUUUUAUCUUGUGCUGCGAGAGUGAGUCGGAUUAUGAGAAUAUGUAA